GCUGCGGGGCCGUCCUGUGGCCCAGCGCAGCAGAGGAGCCAGACCGACAUGUCGGGGACCCGCGCCUCCAACGACCGGCCCCCCGGCACAGGAGGCGUCAAGCGGGGGCGGCUGCAGCAGGAGGCGGCGGCGACGGGCUCCCGGGUGACCGUGGUGCUGGGCGCGCAGUGGGGGGACGAGGGCAAAGGCAAGGUGGUGGACCUGCUGGCCACGGACGCCGACAUCGUCAGCCGCUGCCAGGGGGGCAACAACGCUGGCCACACCGUAGUGGUGGACGGCAGGGAGUACGACUUCCACCUGUUGCCCAGCGGCAUCAUCAACACCAAGGCCGUGUCCUUCAUCGGCAACGGGGUGGUCGUCCACUUACCGGGCUUGUUCGAAGAAGCAGAAAAGAAUGAGAAGAAAGGUCUGAAGGACUGGGAGAAGAGGCUGGUCAUCUCGGACCGCGCCCACCUCGUGUUUGACUUUCACCAGGCGGUGGACGGGCUGCAGGAAGUGCAGCGGCAAGCCCAGGAGGGGAAGAAUAUCGGCACCACCAGGAAGGGGAUCGGACCCGCCUACUCCUCCAAAGCUGCCCGCACGGGCCUCCGCGUCUGCGACCUCCUGUCGGACUUUGAUGACUUUUCCGCCAGAUUCAAGAACCUGGCCCGCCAGCACCAGUCCAUGUUCCCCAGCCUGGAAGUGGACGUCGAGGGGCAACUCAAAAAGCUCAAGGGCUUUGCAGAGCGGAUCCGACCCAUGGUCCGAGACGGUGUCUACUUUAUGUAUGAGGCGCUCCACGGCACCCCAAAAAAAAUCCUGGUGGAAGGUGCCAACGCAGCCCUCCUUGAUAUUGACUUCGGGACGUACCCCUUUGUGACGUCAUCCAACUGCACCGUGGGCGGCGUGUGCACGGGCCUGGGCAUCCCCCCCCAGAACAUAGGCGAGGUCUACGGCGUGGUGAAGGCCUACACCACACGCGUGGGCAUUGGCGCCUUCCCCACCGAGCAGAUCAACGAAAUCGGGGACCUGCUGCAGAGCCGUGGCCACGAGUGGGGGGUGACCACGGGCAGGAAGAGGCGCUGCGGCUGGUUGGACCUGAUGAUCCUCAGAUACGCUCACAUGGUCAACGGCUUUACCGCGCUGGCCUUAACGAAACUGGACAUCCUGGAUGCCCUGGACGAGGUGAAGGUCGGCGUCUCAUACAAGCUGAACGGGAAGAGGAUCCCCUAUUUCCCAGCGAACCAGGAGAUACUACAGAAGGUCGAAGUCGAAUACGAAACGCUGCCUGGGUGGAAGGCGGACACCACGGGCGCCAGGAAGUGGGAGGACCUCCCCCCGCAGGCCCAGAACUACAUCCGGUUCGUGGAGAAUCACAUCGGAGUGGCAGUGAAAUGGGUCGGUGUCGGCAAAUCAAGAGACUCGAUGAUCCAGCUGUUUUAGGCAAAGGCAGGGCUGGCCAGCAGCCGCGGCCCCAUCCCGCAUCCACAGCCACCAAGUCCACGCCCGAAAGGAGGAAGAAGUAUUUUCUGUACUUUUAUGUUCCUAAGCCUUCAGCUCAGCUGAUUUCCACGGUGACCCAAACAUCUGACAGCCAGCGUUGUGUACAUUUUUAUUUUUUAAAUCCUGCUAUUUAAAAUGAGCCAAAGUACUCAGAACAGAGAACUUUUACGGCACGUGCAUUGUCCCACGGUGGUGUGGCCGGCUGGAGCAGUUUAGUAAUAAACCCAUCCAGUAGCCACCGAACGGUGGUGACCAGUA